AUGUCUCAAGAUUCAUUAAUUAAUGAUGAAGAAGAUAAUAAUGAAAAACUUCAACAGAGCUCUUCAACAACAAUGGUUAAUUCGAGAAUGAAUAGUGCUCGAUCUAUUAAUAUUGAUGAACAUAUUAAAUUAGUAAAACAAAAAAAAGAAGAAGCCGAAGUAUUACGUUUACAACGAUUUCAAGAACAGAUGAGAAAAAAAGAGCAAAAAUGGCAACAGCAGCAUUUAGAAAAAGUAAAAAAGUGGUUACAAUUACGUAAUCGUGAUACUGAUCAUCGAUCACAAGUUGAAGAGAGACGAAAAAAACGUGAAGAAGAAACUAAAGUUAAAAUAGAGGAAAUAUUACGUCGAGAAAAAGAACGGCAACAAAGAAGUAAUUCACAAAUAAAAGUCAAUCCAAGAGAAAAUGCUUCACAUAGACCCGAUUCUGUUAUGAGUAUGUCUACAGAUAUAGUUUCAACUCGACGAGCUAUAUCAGUACCACGUGCCCGUACAAAUCAACACGAUAUGACAAAUCGACGAGGAUCAAACAAUUCUCCCAUUCCUACAUUAUCCCGAGAUAAUGGUGAUAAUUCAACUACUGUCACAAGCUCUCAUCAACUUAAUCCGAUUGAUGAACAUCGAUAUCAGCAUCGAUCGCGUCAUUCAUAUGAUGCAACAAUGACAAACGAAGAUAAUUCAUUGUCAGGUACACCUCGUACAGUAGCACAUAGCCGAACACGACCAAUGCCAACAUCAUAUGCAUAUUGGUUAAACACCGGUGACAAUAAUAAUACUAUGAAUGCCAGUUUUAUGCGUCCAACAUAUGCGGCUACGUGUCGAUCACGUCUUAGUCGUAGUGUUGAACGAUGUCCUCGAGCUUGUAGAGUUCGAGAUGAUGUCCAGAAUAAUACAACUAUAACGAAUAAUGAAUCGCAACGUCGAGUACAAAGUAUUAAUCGAGAACGUUUAAAUGAAACUAUUCUUAGACUUUCUAAACCAAAAACUAUUCCAACAAAUCACUCCAUUAAUAGUGGUACAACGGCAUCACCAUCGUCAACAACAACCACAACAACAACAAAUGGUAUACCUGUAUCACAAUCUAAUCAUCAAUUUCGUAUGUCUACUCCACCUAUAACUACAAAUAAUUAUUCAACUCCAACAUCAGUUUCUGCGAAAACUCGAAGACAUAUUCAUUCUCGUCCAGCUACUGCUUCACCUGUUCACAGUUCAUUAAAUAGCGAUUCUCGAGCAUCACCAAUUGUUGAACCCGCAUCUGAUCAUCAUCAAAUUUCUUCAUCAAUUAGACAAUCAUCACAUCGUACUGGUACCCAUUCAAAACCUCCACAACCAACGUCAUCGAAACCUCCACAACCGUCUUCAUCAAAACCUCCUACAUCUUUAUCUUCUUCUCGUUCAAAACAACCUACGCAACGUUCUCUAAUGACUACAUCACAUUCAUCAUCUUCAAUUUCAUCUGCAACGACAGCAACAGCAACAACAACAACAAAUAAAAAAAAUAUACGUCGUAUUGGUGGUGUACCCCCAUCAAAACCGAAACCUAAAACAGAACGAGUCUCAUCCAUCGAAAAAUCUGAUAGUGAAAUAUUAACUAAAGAUAAUGAAACAUUCACGAAAGAUACUGAUGAAGAAAAUCUAUCAGUCAAUGAAGAUACUCUAGAAAAAGAAAAAGAAAAAGAAAAAGAAAAAGAAAAAGAAGCAGAACAGCAACAACAACAACAACAACAAAUUUCUACUGAAAUUGAAUCAACAACUUCUGUUAUUGAACCAAUUAAUAUUGAUGCAGUUACUGAAAUAAUUAAUUCAAAACGAGAACAACAAAUUAUUGAUGAACAAGAAUAUCAACGUAAAUUAAAUCAAAAAAUUCGUGAAGCUCAACAACGUAUGGAACUUGAACGUCAACGUGAAGAAGAACGACAACGUCAAUUAGAAUUAGAAGAAUAUGAACGUGAACAAGAACAAAUUCGUCUUGCUGAAGAACAACGUCUUGCUGAACAAGAACGUUUACAACGUGCUAUUGAAGAAUGUGAACGUGAAAAUGAAUUAAAGCGACAAGAAGAACAACGUUUACAACAACAACGUGAAGAAUUAGAAAGAAAACAAGCUGAAGAAACUGAACGUCUCAAUCGUGAAAGACAAGAACGAGCUAAGAAAGAAGAAGAAGAAAGAAAUGAAAGAAAAAGACGUUUAGAUUUAAUUAUGAGGCGGACAAGACAAACUUCACCAAGUUUAAAAACGGAAAAUAAUAUUAGUAAAACAAGUAUUGAUGAAACAAACGGACAUGAUAAACCACAAUCACCAAUGACUCAUUCCAUUUCUGAUAAUCGUUUUCCAAUUUCAGUAUCAGAUGAUAAUUUUCUUAAUAAUAAUGAUUCAACAACAUCUGAAACAUCAAAAAAUAAAUCUUCAUUAAUACAAAGCCUUCUUAAUAAAGCUCGAAAUACAAAAUCAUCAGAUAAUCUUAUACAAUCGAAUAUGACAACAUCACAAGUAAUGAAUGAAAGUCUGAUUGAUGAAGAAAUAACCACAGUUCAAUCAACUACUCGAAGUGAUUUAUCUGAUGAUAACGACAACGAUGAUGAUGAUGAUGAUGAUGAUGAUCAACAAGAUUCAGGAAUAAAUAAUACUACUAAUGGUCAUAAUGAUUCACCUUUAUCUUCUCCGACAAAUCUUAAUUCUUCUCAUGAUCGUCCAGUUGAAACAACAACUACUUUUGACUAA